GUAGCCCACUGAAUUGUGGAGUUAAACAGUUUAUCCACAUUUCUGUGUUCGGGAUAAUUUGGGCGGGGCUAAAAUUGGGGCUUGAUGAUGCACAAAAGCCACCGAGCAUAGCCCUGCCCCUAACACAAUCACGAGCAUCCAUUCAGGUUGUAGUGGGAGUGCUGCAGAUGAUGUAUUUUUGUAGGCCAACCCGGAAGUUAGCUGCACACUGUUGGACAAAACGUGUAAGUGUCUUUAACUUAUGUUUUUUUUUUGCAAUAAUCGAAAAGCCUAUGGUAAUAAUAAAUUAGGGCUGUCACAACAUUAAUCGCGAUUAAUCACAUACAAAAUGUAAGUUUGUGUUUGCAUAUAUAUAUACACAUAUAUACACAUAUAUACACACAUAUAUAUAUACAUACAUGCAAAUGUUUCUUAAAUACAAACAUUAAUGAGUGUGUAUUUAUGUACUGUAUAUAAAAUAAUUACACACAGUGCACACACAUACAUUAUGCAAAAAACUUUUAUUUUGUAUGCCAUUAUUUGCAAUUAAUCUUUUGACAGCCCUAAAAUAAAUUGACUUUUUGUGAGGGAACCAGUAAUCCCUGCCGCACUCUAUUUGCUGAGAGACAGCAGUCUGGAGGUUUAAUAAAAAAAUACAUAAAUAAAAAAAUCACAAGGUCAAAAAAAUUGAGAGUCAGCAGCUUUCCGCGAGUGGGCGUGGUUUCCGCACCGACAAAGACACGCCCCCAGCCUUUGAGAGCUGAAAAUCCUGCCUGUUUUUCCACGAUUCUGAUAACUUAUUUUAUACUUGCCGUUUUUUUAUCAUUCAAAUUUGGCUGGGUGGUUAAUUUCACAUUUCUCUGAGGUGUGAUAAACUGAGAACACAUUUAAUAUCAAACUAUACAUGGACAAGUGCUCCUGAGAUGUGUGGUAGGGAUUUCACCUCUUCUAAGGAUUUAGUUUACAGCAACAGAUGUCAGCAGUCAGUCCUUAUCCCUUUAUCCCUGUGGUGGAGUGAAGAGCUCUCAAAUGUUACAACAGAUAAGACUUUAGAAUAAAAGAAGCUAACACACAUUCUGCCUCGCACAAUGACAUAACAAAGAUGGUUACUCUUCAGGGACAGACCUGAUUUUGAACUGGAAGUAUGGAGUAUUGGUGGAAGUUGUUGAAUUUUAUAACUUUCUGGGCUCUGACUCAAGGGCAAUUGUGCUAUUGUUUGGUACGGCACCAGCUGCCAGUUUUAUGGAUUAUGCCAGUCAGUAAAGAACCAGGAAGAGACAACAUUACAGCAGAAGUUUUACCUGCUGUUCAACUGGCACUGCAGCAUUUGAGUGCGCAGCCACCUCCUUUAGGCAACUAUGAGCUUCAGUUUCAUCUCACAGACUCUGAGUGUAAUAAUGCCAAAGCACUCAAAGCAUUCUUUGAUGCCACAUUCUAUGGCCCCAAACCUCUCAUGAUCUUUGGAGGGGUGUGUCCAUCAGUCACAUCUCUCAUAGCCCAGUCAUUGGAGGCCUGGAACCUUGUGCAGCUGUCGUUUGCAGUAACAGCACCUUCACUGGCAAACAAAAGACGGUUUCCAAACUUCUUCCAUGUGGUUCCAUCAGACAGCGCAGUCAACUUGGCACUGGUGAGGUUUCUCAGGCACUACGGAUGGAACAGAGUUGGUACUUUGACACAAAAUGAGCAGAAGUUUACAGAGGUACAAAGGGACUUGAGCAGACAUCUGGAGGUGGCUGACAUCCAGCUGGUGGCAGCAGAGAGCUUCUCUGUAGACCCAUGUAAUAGUAUACAACAACUAAAGGAAAGUGAUGUGAGAAUAGUGAUCACUCAUUUUGAUGUGAGCAUGGCUGCUGAAGUCCUAUGCUGUGUGUAUAAUCUCAGCAUGUAUGGUCAGAAGUAUCAGUGGAUCCUACCGGACUGGACUCAUGGCAACUGGUGGAUUACCGGCCUCAAAAACUGUACUGCUACUAACAUACAGACUGUUUUGGAGCGGUCCAUCAGUGCUGAUUUUGACACCCUUAGCUCCAGCCACAUUAGAGGGAUUUCUGGUAAGACACCUCAGGAGUAUGAGAGGGACUACAAUAAGCAGCAAUUAAAACGUCUGGGUGCAAGCAAAUUUCAUGGCUUUGCAUAUGAUGGUACAUGGGUGAUUGCCAAAGUUUUGACAAGAGUCAUGGAGACUGUGAGGUACAGAGAAAGAUAUAGCAUCCAUCGCAACUUUACUGUCACUGACCAAGAAAUGAGUCAGAUGAUUCUGGAGGCCAUUGACAAGAUCAACUUCUUUGGUGUCACAGGACAGGUUAUGUUUCAGAAAGGUGAGAGAGUGGCCAAUGUGCAGUUUGCGCAGUAUCAAGAUGGAAAGGCUGUAAAAAUUGGAAAAUAUAAAGCCAUUACAGGUGAACUGGAGUUCAUCAGUCCAGUCCAAUUCCAUGGGGCUGAACCCACAAAGGACCGAACUCAUGUGUACCGUCAAAGAAAACACAUCAGUAUAUUUCUGUACAGUAUCAUAACAUCUCUAUCUAUCUUAGGUGUUCUUACAGCUUGUUGCCUAUUAUUCUUCAAUGUGAAAAACCGCAAUCAUCGGUCUGUUAGCAUGUCCAGUCCUGUCUUAACUUCUGUGAUUAUCCUUGGUUCAGUUUUCUCUUAUUUCUGCAUCUUCUUUUUGGGGCUGGAUGGUUCUUAUAUUUCUGAUGGAGCGUUUGAAGCUUCUUGCUCUGUCCAAAUAUGGCUUCUAUCUAUUGGAUAUACAGCAGCUUUUGGAACCAUGUUUGCAAAAACAUUGAGAAUUCAUGCUAUCUUCAAAAAUAACAGAAUAGAAAAAAGGAUUACAAAGGACUAUGGGUUGACUCUGCUAGUUAUGUUCCUGCUGUUAGACAUGAGUUUGUUAAUUUGUAUGCAAAUUUUGGAUCCAUUAAGGAGAACAGUAAAGGAGUAUCUUAUACAGCCUGACCCCCAAGGGCGAGAUUUUUCCAUACAGCCCUUUUCAGAGCACUGUGAAAAUGCAUACAUGGGUUUCUGGUUGGCUGCAUUUUAUGCUUAUAAAGGAAUACUCCUGCUGAGUACCUGUUUCCUAACCUGGACAACACGUCAUGCAAAGGUUCCUGCUGUAAGUGACAGCAGGGGCAUCCGAAUCAGUGUGUUUGUGUCGGGCCCAGUGAUUCUUACUGGUAUAUGUGCGUCCAUGCUGUUCCAGGAUCAACCAAAUGUGAAAUUCUGCAUUGUUGCCCUUGUGAUCAUCACAUGUUGCUCCAGCACUCUGUGCCUGGUGUUCGUGCCAAAGAUUAUCAUCAUAAGGAUGGGUCCUGCAUCCUUGUCAAGAAGAUUUCAUCUUACCCAGUGGCACAGUGAGAUUGAACAGAUCAAUGAACCGCAUUGUAAAGAAAAGGAAGCUACGAAGAACUCAGGAACAUUUGACUGUGCAACUGAUAUCAAGCAAAACAUCUCAAGCACCAUUGACAUUCUACUGUCAGACAACCUACAGCUCCAACAACACAUGAAUAAAUUGGAUUCUGAAUUGGAGUAUUUGACCAGGCAACUGAAUGAAUUAAGUCCUCACCAUCUAGAGGAUCUCAUCAUCAGAAGUUCUGUACAUAAAGCAGGCAAGAACAAAUGUCAAACUCUGCCUGAAAGAUCCAACUGCAACAGGAACGGACUGGAGGACAUCAACUCUCCUGAACACAUUCAGCGCAGACUCUCUCUCCAGCUGCCCAUUCUUCAUCAUGCCUACUUACCCUACAUUGGAGGAGUGAACUCCAGUCCUUUCAAUAGCUCCUUUGAUAUCCCUCAGCAUACAUGAAUGCCCAAAACAUGUGGACUGUUGGUGCCAGGACCAUGAGUUUCUCAUGCUGUUUAUACAAAAACACAUAUAGACAUUUUUAUUAUAGUUCUCAAAGAGUUAUAUAAUACUUAUAAAACUUAUAGAUAUAAGUAUAUACUCAGGCACAUUGGAUACUGUCCUUAUAGGAUAGUGGCCUUUUUUAUUUGCGUGUGUAAUUGUAUCAUCUAACAAACAUCUAGCAGGUAGCAAACCUAGGCAUCUGCCCAUGUUGUUUCAUUACAAAAUGCUAGCAAAUGCAUAUUGUGGUGUACAAAGAGGCAAAUGUAUCUAUCUAUUCAAAAGGGAAAUACUUAUAAAAGUAGGCUACUUUACAAUAUUUAAAUAUAGGAAUAAUAGUUGAAGUCUAAACAUUUUUUUGGACAUUUACUUUAUCUCUGUUUUAUCUCUGAUUUAGUUUUGCCUUUAUGUUCUGACUGAAGAUUUAUCCACUGGUUCAUGACUGUAUCUCUUACAUCAAAUAAAUGUUAGAAUCAGACUCCGAAUAAGUGAACUUUUUGAUUGCUGCAGUUAUAACACAAGCACACAACAUUAUAGUACAUACAGGUUAACACAUCAAAACUCUUAAAAAAAAUUCAAAUUUGAGUCUUUGAAAGUGCACCCUGUGUAAUACAUUUAAGGUCUGUUAAGAUUAAUUUGUUCCCCGCUCUAACCCAUGUCUACUAUAUCUCUUAGUUUCAUUUCACAAUUCCAGGUUUUGCCACUUUUUAUUUGCCAAUUGAACAACAUGACCUCUGAAAGAGAUUUAAACCUUGAGCCGUACCUGCUCUCCUGAUUUUGCCAAGUGGUUGAUGUCCUCAAGGCAACAUUAUAUUGAUCCUGGGACAACAUUUCAAUCAACCAAUCAGAUUUCAGAAAUAAGUGUAGAUUUUGUUUAAACUUUAAGCUUACAACCAGGAUUAACUGUUUCUAAUCCAGUGCUUAUCACUUAUCAUUUAUGUCUGAUUUUAGGGCUCAGUUAUGGUUAGGGUUGGGGUGGUUUUAGUUUUUUUUGAGUCAAAUUUUUUUUUUGUUUUGACCCAAUUAUAUUUCACUUGGCACAAUCAGGUCGAGCAAUGUCCAAUACCUGUAAACUGAGUAUAGCUCAUAUCAAAUAAAAUAAAAUUGUGAUUGUAAUGAAAAAAUAUAAAUGACUUUAUUAAAACACUAUCAUUCACUAUCGUUGUUUUAAAAAAUAUACUAGAGAAAUUGUUUCCUGCAUUAUGACAAAACAUGCAUCAGAGGCAGGCCUGGUGCCAAGAGGGUGCAAAAGGGGGCAUUGCCCCUCAGAUUUGAUUUGUACCUAAUGUUGCAGGGUUUAAACAGAAGGCUUUAAGAAAAAGGUAAUUAAUAAAAACUGUGUUGUGUGUUUACAAGACUAACAGAAAUAAACUAAAAAAUAUAAAGAACAUUUCGUCAGGUUUGUUUAUUUUGUUUAUUAUAUAGCUCUGACUGGCAAUGAAGUAUAGAUGAAUAAUCACACUAAUAGUUGAUUGGAAAG